CGAGACAAGACAACAUGAAGCACCUCAUCGUGGUGGGUGCUUGCUACUUGGACACAAUCCUCAAGAAUGUCACCAUCAAUUUCACAUGCUUGCCAUUUACUAACCUACCUUCAGUGUACCUUUUUUCCCGUCCGAGGAUGCAAAGCUACGUGCCACCAGUCUCAAUAUCCGACGUGGGGGCAACUGUCCCAAUUCGCUUCAGGUGUUGGAGCAGCUACUCACAGAGCAUGAUGGUCUCCAGCUGCAUCUGGUAUCGCCUCUGCCCAGCGCCUCGUCAUCUGCAACGAGGCGUGUUGUAUCGUCUUUUGGUCCGCAGUCAAAGAUCGACUUUGGCCAUUGUCUAUAUCGCCAUGAGAGCACCGAGGCGGCAAGCAGUUACAUUAUUCGCAGUGAAGCAUCAGGCAGCCGCACGCUUGUAAAUUACAAUGACCUUCCAGAGAUGACCGAAGACGAGUUUGGCAGCAUCGCGAGAAGUUUCGGAACUGACCAGGAGACGUGGUGGCACUUUGAGGUAGGAUUCAAGCGGCAACCUCUGCACAUAAUCGCCGGGCUAAAUGUGGGCGCAACAGGGCCGAAUACCAGAAACCGUGCAAAACUGCAUCCGUCUGCUGCGUAACCUACUGCCCAAGGCAACUAUCAGCGUCGAAGUCGAGAAGCCUGGUAGGGAAGGCCUAUCAGAAUUGGCGGCAGAGGCAGACGUUGUCUUCUAUUCGCGAAGUUGGGCUGAGGUGAGAGUGGACUCAAAAAGACGUUGGGCUGUCGUGGUUGAUGUGAUCUAACAAGGACAGAGUCGUGGGCACAGCACCCCGGAAGAAUGCCUGAAAGCCGAAGGGCAUCAUAAGGCGUACGUAUUAUGAAAAAGAAAGACAUGCUUGCUUGCACUUGUGAUGGCUUGGGUUUGUUGGCUGACGAGACGAUGGAUACAUAGGUCACUGGCAGUUUGUACGUGGGGUGAAGAGGGAGCAGCUGGAUUGCCUCGGUCGACGGGCGAGACUCUUCGCUGCCGCUGCCCGGUUCAGAGCAAAUCCGGAGGAGGCAUUCCCGUGGUUGAGUACGUCCAUCUCAUCUCCAUGUCCCACACAUCACAACUCAGCACGACGCAUAACACAAGUCGCGUAGAACUGCAGGAACUGACCACUGUCCGAGAUAUAGUGCCGUAGGAGCAGGGGACACCUUCAUAGCCGGAAUGCUGUACGGGUUGAUAUGCCACCCUGGUGACUGGAGCACGGGGACGAAGCUGAGUUUCGCCGUCCAACUGGCCACACUCAAAGUCCAACGGGAGGGGUUCGACGGGCUCGGCGUUGAUAUGCUGGGGACCGA